AUGUACCUCCGUGAGAUUCAUGCCGAGAGGGAUAUUCCUACAUUACAUCAAUUCAUCAAGGAGAAUCCUUUAGGUCUCUUGAUCACAGGGCUCGAUUCAAAGACUGCCCAGUUCCUUCAGUCUAGUCAUAUUCCGUGGGUCUUGGACACUCCUGAUGGCAAGGAUGAGAUGAAUUUUGGCACACUGCGGGGCCAUAUAGCACGAGCGAACCCGCAGGCCAAGGCAUUUACUGAAACAGCAAAGGGGGCUUCUGCAAGCGAGAUAAACCCAGACGGUUCUUACACUCUUACACGCGAUGUCCUUGUCAUCUUCAAUGGUCCUGCACAUCACUACGUCACGCCGAAAUUCUACACUGAGACCAAGCCAGCGACAGGCAAGGUAGUCCCGACGUGGAACUAUUCUGCUGUGCAAGCAUAUGGUCGCGCGACAGUGUUCUACGAUCCGAAAGCCGAAUCUACGCAUAAAUUUCUGGACAAGCAAAUCCGUGAUCUGACGAACCACAACGAAGUUGAAAUAAUGGGCCACAAAGAAAACUCGUGGGUGGUUGAAGAUGCACCUGGUCCUUAUAUCAAGGUAUUGAAAAGCGCAAUUCUUGGUGUUCAAAUCGAGAUCUCAGACAUUGGUGGCAAGUGGAAGAUGAGUCAAGAAGUCCCGGUGGGUGAUCAGGAAGGUGUGGCAAACGGUUUUGCGAAUUUGAACACGGAGGUUGGGGCAGAGAUGGCAAAGACGGUG